CAGCGGUCCCCCGCCUCCUCCCUCCGCCUCCUCCUCCCUCGCCCGCAGCCGAGCGUCCCCUCCCCCAACCCGUCGGGCUCCUCGGCGGCUACUGCAGAGGAUUCAGAGCCGAGUCGCUGAGGAGGAGGCGGCUCUGGUCCCCGCGCGCCAUCCUUCACCCUACUGGACACGGGCGAGGGAGCGAGAGCGUCGCCGCCGUAGCCUCCGGAGAAGACAAGGGCAUCGCCGCCUCAGCCGCCGCCGCCGCCGCCGUUUUCGCCUGCAGCUGCUCACCGGAUCCUCAGUCUUCCACAAUGAACCCUGUUUAUAGCCCCGUGCAGCCUGGGGCUCCUUAUGGCAACCCUAAGAACAUGGCCUACACGGGUUACCCCACAGCCUAUCCAGCAGCUGCCCCUGCCUACAAUCCCAGCCUGUACCCCACCAAUAGUCCCAGUUAUGCUCCAGCAACUCUGCUGAUGAAACAGGCCUGGCCACAGAACUCGUCUUCCUGUGGCACUGAAGGCACCUUCCACCUCCCAGUGGACACCGGGACCGAGAACCGAACUUACCAAGCAUCCUCUGCGGCUUUCAGAUAUACUGCGGGGACACCAUACAAGGUCCCACCGACCCAGAGUAAUACUGCUCCACCCCCCUACUCCCCAUCACCCAACCCCUAUCAGACGGCCAUGUAUCCAAUCAGAAGUGCCUACCCCCAGCAGAAUCUGUAUGCCCAGGGAGCCUACUACACACAGCCGGUGUAUGCUGCCCAGCCUCAUGUCAUCCACCACACCACGGUCGUCCAGCCCAACAGCAUCCCUUCUGCUAUCUACCCGGCACCUGUUGCCGCCCCCAGGACCAACGGCGUGGCCAUGGGCAUGGUGGCAGGCACCACCAUGGCAAUGUCAGCAGGUACCCUGCUGACUACACCCCAGCACACGGCGAUUGGGGCACACCCCGUCUCCAUGCCAACAUAUAGGGCCCAAGGAACCCCUGCGUACAGCUACGUGCCCCCACACUGGUAAAGCCUGCAGCCCAUCCAAAUCUGGAGUCACACAUUGUAUGCAACUACUCAAGUCUUACACCGGUGCUGGAGCAGUUCCCUAGCAGCACCACCUCUAUUUGCAAGAAGAGACAACGGAAGUGCAAGGGUCACUUUAUGCAUCUUUAAUGGUUUUGAUUUUUAUUUUUGGUUUUUGUAAAAGCUGCUUUUUCUAAUCUCCUGCCUCUCCCCGACUGUCCCCCUCUUAGCCGCUGCCCUUCCAGCUCUACCCACUUCCUCCUACCUGACCAGGCCAUGUCCUCUCUGCUCUUCCCUAAGUGUCCUGUCCCUGGGGAUCCCAGUCUAGAGGCAAGCAGAGAGUAGGGUUUAUUGCAAUGGUUCAUCCGAAGGCUGGAUUCCAUUUGAAGAGCAUAAACAGAUGUGGUCCAGGGUAGGAACUCAGAGCUGUUGAGCAGGCUACAUCUCUGGGGGAGUGUUCUGGUUGUUUUUCUUAAGCAAGAUUAGUUCAGGACAUUCCCAUGUCCUGGACACAAAUGAAAUGUCUCCUGAGAACCAUUGCAACAGACCAAGAACAAAACCACCUGAGUAUGUAGGAAUGUUAUUAGCCCCUUAAUACCCCAGGCCAAGAACCUGGGGAAAAAAGUCUUUAGAAUUUGGGGGAGGGUGGGGGGAGGGAGGGCAUUGUGGGGAAGGAGAGGGGAGAGGGGAGAAGGGAGCAGUGUUUGCCUCAUGGCUUUGGUUUGAAAGGUCUCUGGUCAAAGCAUCUGGCCCUGGACCUUCUGAUUUACACAGUGAUGUUAACUGACCUGGCACUUCCUCAAAAGGUGAUUUUGACCUUAGACCUGCAAGCGGCUGCAGGGUGGUGGGAUCCCAGCAUCCCGAGGCCUUGGAAGGCCAGAUGCCCUGUGUCAUCCAGACUUCAGCCUCUGAGCUGUCAUGGACCGACUCUGAUGAGGAGCUUCCUCCUGACUGGAGUGGGAACCUAGGGCAUUUCUCUCCCUUUCCUUUUGCCCUUCCCAGUGCCAGGACUCACCUGUCUGACUGUAGAGCUUGCAGGCAGGCCAAGCCCUUGGUUACCUGUGCCAUUCAUGGCCCAAGUGAAGGAACCAUAUUCCAGGUGGGUGCUGGCAGUUCUGAAGGUCAGGAUAGUGAAGGAAAAGCAAUAGCAAUAAACAUUUCAUAGACUCAUGGAACUGAAGGGACCUUAGCAAUCAUCUCAUCCAUUCCCCUAUUUGGCAGAUGAGGAAACUGAGGCCCAGAGAAGAGGAAAGGACUGCCCUGGACCUUACAGUAAAUUAGCAUUAAAUGCAGCCUUCCUACCUAGUGGGCACCUUGCCUACAAAAAUGUACCUAGGGACAGAUUGGCUUGGUUUUGUAAAAAUUAAGUCGGCAGUGCCCAUACCUGGUGAGUCUGGAACGGUCUCUGGGCUCCUGUUUCUGCCCUCCAAAGGCGGGGGUUGAAGACUGGCCAGAAGCUACAUGGGGGCAGAUGGCAGGAACAGAAAUGGCAAAUGAAGAAAUAGCAUUUGGAAAUUCUGUGAAGACAUCUGGAACUUUCAUCCUGUACCUGACUCCACCUCCAGGAGAAGGAGCAGGUGGGCUGGCUGAAAAGGAGAGGCCAUGCUUUUAGGACAGUAGCCCCUCAUCCCGAGAGGAGAGGAAGAGGAGGAAGAGAGUGGGAGUCAUCAGGAGAGGAGGACGAGGAUGAGGCCCAGGAGACAGGCUCACCUGGGAGAAGAGGGACCCCUGGGACCAGGAGGUCCCUGCUAGUCUCAGCCAGGAGCCUGGAUUGCCCAGCAGCAGCCUCUGGCACCCAGCACUUGGCUGGGCCAGCAGCUCCUCUGGGAGUGGGGCACGAACAUUUUACUGUACUAAAUGGGAUCAUUGACAACAUUUGGGACUUUAAAAAACUGCUUUCAUUUUAAAUUCACGCAAACUUGGACAUACCCUUAUCCCUACCUGCCAUGUCUCCCUAAGGGAAGGAAAAAUCAGGAAACCUUUGGGUUGGAAGGAGCUCAGAAGCUGUCUAGCCAUUCCCAGGAGGGUAAAGCCCAUCAGCAUCCUUGGUCUAGAGCCAGGAGUUUGGGGGCCUACCUUCCUGGGCUUCCAAGGAACUUUAGGACCAGUAAGAAAAAAUUCAGCUUUUCUAAAUUGUCUGUUCUGGGGUGCUGACGAGGUUUCACUUUAAAACAACAGAAAGUUUUCCAGUGUUAAUUCACUUUUUGCAAAUACCUCCUCCCACCCUCUUUGCUUUUGUAAAGGUGGGUAAAGGUUGUUCUGGAUUAUGUCGUACGUGUUUGAAAAAUGCCAAAAUAAUGAUAAUGAUGAUAAUAAUAAUAGAAACAUUUGGAUUUGUCAGGUGCAUCACAGAGUUCAAAGCACUUCACAGCCUUUCAUGUACUCGCCCUGAGAGGGAUGGGGUCACAAUUAUUACAGUCAAUUGACAAAUGAGGAAACAGGUUAUGGAAGGGAACAGGCCCACAGUGAACAGCAUGCUGGUAUCUGCCAGGCUUCCCAGAACCCUGCUGCCUCCAUGUGGGCUGGGGUGGAACCACAGAGAGGAGAAAGGAAGAAGAGGAGACCAGGAAUGACCUUGUAACUUUUGUUCUUUCUAUACCAGUAAGUAAAACUAACAGCUGGACCUCAGAGUUCACAGAGCAGUUGAACAUAAAUUAUCUGGUUUAACCCGAUGAAACAGGUUAUUUCUCCUAUUUGAUCCAUAAGGAAAUCAAGGCUUGGAAAAGUCAAGUGACUUGCUAAUAAGUGACAGAGCCACUUGAAUCCCAGGCUGUCUGCUGUCUCGUUCCCCUCCAUCUGAUCCCCACACAGGCUCACAUACUGAAGCAUUUGUGCUCUGUGCCCUAUCUUAGCCCCUACUAUGUAGUUCAAGAGCAAAGGGAGGCCCCAAGGUGAAAAUAGGGCACUGAAAGGCUGUGGUUUGGAGGAGCCCAGGUCCAGCACCCCUUUUUCAGUAUGAGCCCCAGUUCAGCCGGCUUCAGCCUCUUGGUAUGAUGGAGAUCCACAAGCCUGGCCAAGCUUGGGGAGUCACUGCAAAAGGACUGAGCCCAGGAGAGCGGGGGCAGUCAUGUGCCUCUGGUAAGAAGGGCACAAUUACUGGUAAGGACACAGAGAUCCAGUGGGAAGUACCAUAGGUGUCCUCCAAAGAUUCUAGAUGGCGCAGUGGCCAAGCUAGAUAAAAAGUCAGAGCUGGAAGGGCCCUCUCAUUGAAGGCAGGCAAGCAAGAGAGGACAAGGGAUGUGGCCGCCGACAAUAAGCUACAGUACUGGCCCCAGAAUGCAAACCCCUCCCUCCUCCUCACGCCACUGCGUCUCCCCAGGUGUAACACCUGUGGCCAGGAUCAGGGGUCCAGAUGGUUCCAGUCACCAGCCAACCCUUUUGAAUUCCUCUACUUCUUCUACCUGACCUCCCCUCCUCACUGGCCUGGGGCCGAGGAAGUUUGAGUCUGGGAGCUGGAUUGCCUGCAAAUAGUGAAAGCCUGAAACAUAAUGGUUUGCCGUGUUUUGAAAAAAAUGCAUAUUUAAUUUCUUCCUCAUGAGAUAGGAGUUGCUGUUCUUUCUUACCUGGUAAUGACUCUAAAAUGUAUAUCCCCUUUCCUGAAUAUCUAGCAGAGACACACACACCUGUCCAGAGCUUUUUUGGUAUGCAAAGUACUUUGACAUUGGUUGCGAAAGUCCUCCAUUUUAUAGGCAAAAAAACUAAGGCUCAGGAGGCUUGACACUUGCUAAAAGGUCACACAGCUUGUAAGUGAUUCUUCAAAUCCUCUGCUCUUUCUGCUGCCACCUGCUGGGCCUCUUGGCAAGCAUGAAGGGAGGGGCUCACUGUACUUUAUAGAGAGCUGGGAAGCCCAGUCCUCUGAGCUGAGCAUAUUUGUAUGAACUGCUUUGGGCCAGGACCUGUAAUGAGCCCUGGGGAGGGACCCAGAGACACAUCUAGCUGGCAGCACAAGGAGGAUGAGAAUUUGCAACUAAAGGCCUCACUUGGACAAAACACUUUGGGGUCACAAUGCCCAGGACUGAAGACAUGUUCGAGGACAGCACGAGGCAUCUUUCUAUUGGGAGACCCAUGUCCUUGGUAAGCAUGCACACCUGGCUUCCUAUCCCCUGAGCCUGCCCACUGUCCAGAUCCAGUGAAUUGGUACACCACCAGGAUCUGGUGGUGUAGCCUUGGCCAAAAGCAUACAGACGGAAGUCUCUGGGCUUGCUUUUCCCAUGGGUGAGGACCAGAACCAGACUCUGAGCAUCCUUACCACUGGCCACCCAGAUUGUUCCAAAUUUGAGGUACCCCGUUCCCAGAGAUCUGGGGGUCCUUCUUUGGCGGGCUUACUUGGUUCUGAUGGCCUUCAGAAAGGAAUCACAUGAAGUAUAAAAGGAUAGGCCCCUUGGUCACCAAGUUUUGGCUCCUCAUACAGAUAGGACUCAUCCAGGAUUCCAGUGAGGCACUGGCUAAGCUUCCAUAUCAAAUUCCUCAGCUUUGUUCUGUGCCCAGAGUGAACUUUCUCUUCUAUAUCACCAUCUGUAUCAGAAUCCCUCCUCAACUGCAGUUAAGUGAAAAUACGUGGAAGUCUGCUUUUCUAUCCUGUAUUCUCCCACAUCACUACUGGCUGUGCAGCCUCUGCUGCUUGCCAAGUUUGGGAAUCCGGAGAGGGGCAGUAGCAGAGUGGGCCAGUGGACCCACCCGCAGAGCUGAAGAAACACGCCACACUAACUGAUGGGAUUCCACACCAGAGCCUCUGAGCGCAGGCAGGCGUGCCAGGUGGGCUGCAGGGUUUGUCCUUUACUUAUCCAUCUGCCCCUCUCCUAGAAAACUUGUUUCUGAAAUUAGGCAUUCUAUGGUUCCAGGGCCCAGACUUGGGUCCCAGUCCCUCAGUUUCUCCAGUGGAUAUAUGCUGUGGUGCAUGCUGUUAAGUCCAACCCAAAGGCCAACCGAGGCGCACAGGAAUUGGGACUGGCUGCCACAAAGCUAGAAAGGGACAAGACAACUCUUUCUUCCCUGUGGCCACAUGGAUAGUCCCUGGAUAUUCUUGCUGUGGUAGUAAGGUCCUCUACCCCAUUCCAGCCACUGAUAGCGGGAGGAUUUUCCUUCCUGAGGAGAACAGAUGUAACAGCUUUGCAGAUAAGUACCAGCCCACAGGACUCAAAUGGGUGAAAUCCACUUUGGGCCUGACCCCAGCAAGACCAGCCAUCUCCAGGCCCCAGCCUUUCUCCUCAGGCCUAAGAGUCAGGGAAAGAGCGGGGACUGUCCCAGAGACCACCUCCUCGGGUCAGCCAGAUAGUCUGGAUCUAUGCCGUGACUCAAGCUCCUCCUUACCCAGGGGGAGGUAAGGCCAGGCCUCUGGCAACUUGGAGUUGUCUGUAAUAAUCUUGAAAGGCCCAAGGGCCUGUCCCCAUUCUGACUUCAAGGCAUCUCCUUCCCUGUUUCAUACCACAUGACAGAGAAACCUGUUCUCAUGGCAUGUAACAUCCCUGUGAAGACAGCGUUGUAUAUGAUUUUGUAUUUUUUAAUUCAUUUUAAUCUACAGGUUGGAAUCUAAUUUUUAAAUUUUAUUGGAACUCACAUUUUAAAAAGAAAUAAAAACAUUUAAAAUAACAAUAAUAAUAAUAAUAAACCUUUGACCGGUGUCUUCCAAGUAGUUUGAUCAAAGAAUUUAUAGGUGUUUUCAAAACACAGUCCAGAGUGUAAAGAUUGGAAAGCCCCAUGGCCUCACUUGUGUGUAUGAAGUGUAAAUCUGGUUUUGUUUUGUUGUUUUGGAUUCUUUUGGGUUUUUGUUUUGUUUUGAAGAUCAGUGAUCACUCUGAAAGAUUGAAGCCAAGAAUUUGUAACUAUGAUAUUUACUGUAAGCUGUAGAACACUCAAUAACUAUUAAAAAAAAAAAAAAAAAGUUUCCCCAAAAAAAAAAAAAAAAAGUCUUAGGUGACUAGACUGAGUGGUUCUUGGGGAGGGAGGCACAGAGGACUGUCCCGGGCCAGUGAGUCCCUUGGGCUUCUCCCCAAGUUGAUGCUAAACUUGUUGUCAGCAGUCAAGAAAAACCUAUGGUGCAUCUCACAGCUGAUCUGAUAGGGGUCUGCCCUAAGGGUCUCACAGCUGCUGGGAGCUAUAAGGGACAACUUCAGCACCUACCCUAAGUGUGUGAUGUGGGAGCACAGUGAGGCCAUUCAGAGUUGAAAUCCAUUGAGCCAUCUGCUCAAUGAAGCUGACAUCUAU